AUGGAGAAAUCUGAGGUGGUUUCAAGUGGGGUCCCACGUAUUGUCCAGGAAAGUGAAAUGUUGGACACGUUCACAAAGUCAACGGUUACGAUCAAGAGUGGAAAAUUUGCCAACAGAAAAAUGUCUUUACUGGAAAUAUUUGAGACUGAUCUGGUUGAUAAAGAAAGGAAAGAGAAAUUAAUAAAUGAUUAUAAAACUGGAAAGAUUUCUCAGGAGAUUUUGCUCAUCAUGAUAAUUGAAAUAAUUGAGACAGAUAGAAUGAGUGAAAAGAUGAAAAACAUGAAAUUUAAAGGACUACGAAAGCAGGUGACAUUGGAUGAGCUAUUCAAGUCAAAAAUUGUGGACAUGAAAACCGUCCAACAACUGGAUGAUGGUGAGAAAACUCAGGAUGAAGUGGGAAGUUCUAUACUAAACUAUCUAGAAGGAUCAACUGCUAUUGCUGGCCUAUACAAUGAAGCAACCAAAGAAAAAAUGUCCAUAUACAAUGCCUUGAAGAAGGGUUAUUUGAGGCCAGGAACCAGCUUGGUUUUGCUAGAAGCACAGGCAGCUACAGGGUUCAUUGUUGAUCCCAUCAACAACUUGAAACUGUCAGUGGAUGAAGCGGUAGAACAGAAAGUAGUGGGAUGGGAUUACAAAGACAAACUCCUUUCAGCAGAGCGAGCUGUCACUGGGUACACUGAUCCGUACUCUAAAGAAACACUCUCACUCUUCCAGGCUAUGAAGAAGGGCCUCAUCUUGAAAGACCACGGCAUCCGCCUCCUGGAAGCUCAAAUCGCCACAGGGGGCAUCAUCGAUCCGCAAGCCAGCCAUCGUCUUCCAGUGGAAGUGGCCUACAGCAGAGGACUGUUUGAUGAGGAAAUGAAUCAAAUAUUGGCCGACCCCAGUGAUGACACCAAGGGCUUUUUUGAUCCAAACACUGAAGAGAACCUCACAUAUUUAGAUCUCAAGCAGCGCUGCAUCAUUGACCCUGACACAGGUCUAUGCUUGCUAUCUCUGAAGGAAAAACGAACCAAGUUUGGGAACAUCAGUUCAGGUGAUGUUCCAAAAAUAGUUGAAUCAAAGACUGUUCAGAGUUCUCAGAUUGGAACAUCGUCCCAAACUACAACAAUUACAACGACCACUACAACCACACUUACAGAAGUAGAAAUUUGGAACAAACUUCAAAAUUCAUAUAUUGAAAUAUCCUUUGGGAAGUUCUCUGGAAAGAAGAUGUCACUAAAAGAGUUAUUUGAAACAGAUCUCAUUGAUGAAGCCACGAAAAAGCAACUACUAGACGACUUCAGAUCUGGCAAAAUUUCAUUUGAGAAACUAAUGAUCAUAAUUACUGAAAUAAUUGAACGACAGAAGCAAAGUGAAAAGGGUAGAAACAUUUCAUUUAAGGGGCUGCGGAAGCCAGUGUCUCUAGAAGAACUGGUCAAAUCAAAACUCUUGGACAGUAAAACGGUAGACCAGUUGAUGCAAGGCCUAAAAUCAGAGGAAGAAGUUAGGCGGUCAAUACAAACCUACCUUGGCGGAUCGACGGCUAUUGCUGGAGUGUACAUUGAAGCAGCAAAGGAAAAAAUGUCCAUAUACAAUGCCUUGAAGAAAGGUUAUUUGAGGCCAGGAACCAGCUUGGUUUUGCUCGAAGCGCAGGCAGCUACAGGGUUCAUUGUUGAUCCCAUCAACAACUUUAAACUGUCAGUGGAUGAGGCAGUGGAACAGAAUGUAGUGGGAUGGGAUUACAAAGACAAACUCCUUUCAGCAGAGCGAGCUGUCACUGGGUACACUGAUCCGUACUCUAAAGAAACAAUCUCACUCUUCCAGGCCAUGAAAAAGGAACUCAUCUUAAAAGACCAUGGGAUCCGGCUCCUGGAAGCUCAAAUCGCUACUGGUGGCAUCAUUGACCCGCAGGCCAGCCAUCGUCUUCCAGUGGAAGUGGCCUACAGCCGAGGACUGUUUGAUGAGGAGAUGAACCAAAUAUUGUCCGACCCCAAUGAUGACACUAAAGGUUUCUUUGAUCCAAACACUCAGGAGAACCUCACGUAUUUAGACCUCAAGAAUCGUUGCAUCACCGAACCAGAGACUGGACUGUGUUUGCUGCCAAUUAAAGACAAGAACUCAAAAACAAAGACACUCAUUGUCACCAGUGAAAACGUGCAGACUGACAGUCAAGGAAAAAAUGAAUCCAAUAAUGGUGUAGAUCUUAAGAUGGAGAAAUCAGAGGUGGUUUCAAGUGGGGUCCCACGUAUUGUCCAGGAAAGUGAAAUGUUGGACACGUUCACAAAGUCAACGGUUACGAUCAAGAGUGGAAAAUUUGCCAACAGAAAAAUGUCUUUACUGGAAAUAUUUGAGACUGAUCUGGUUGAUAAAGAAAGGAAAGAGAAAUUAAUAAAUGAUUAUAAAACUGGAAAGAUUUCUCAGGAGAUUUUGCUCAUCAUGAUAAUUGAAAUAAUUGAGACAGAUAGAAUGAGUGAAAAGAUGAAAAACAUGAAAUUUAAAGGACUACGAAAGCAGGUGACAUUGGAUGAGCUAUUCAAGUCAAAAAUUGUCGACAUGAAAACCGUCCAACAACUGGAUGAUGGUGAGAAAACUCAGGAUGAAGUGGGAAGUUCUAUACUAAACUAUCUAGAAGGAUCAACUGCUAUUGCUGGCCUAUACAAUGAAGCAACCAAAGAUAAAAUGUCCAUAUACAAUGCCUUGAAGAAGGGUUAUUUGAGGCCAGGAACCAGCUUGGUUUUGCUAGAAGCACAGGCAGCUACAGGGUUCAUUGUUGAUCCCAUCAACAACUUGAAACUGUCAGUGGAUGAAGCGGUAGAACAGAAAGUAGUGGGAUGGGAUUACAAAGACAAACUCCUUUCAGCGGAGCGAGCUGUCACUGGGUACACUGAUCCGUACUCUAAAGAAACACUCUCACUCUUCCAGGCUAUGAAGAAGGGCCUCAUCUUGAAAGACCACGGCAUCCGCCUCCUGGAAGCUCAAAUCGCCACAGGGGGCAUCAUCGAUCCGCAAGCCAGCCAUCGUCUUCCAGUGGAAGUGGCCUACAGCAGAGGACUGUUUGAUGAGGAAAUGAAUCAAAUAUUGGCCGACCCCAGUGAUGACACCAAGGGCUUUUUUGAUCCAAACACUGAAGAGAACCUCACAUAUUUAGAUCUCAAGCAGCGCUGCAUCAUUGACCCUGACACAGGUCUAUGCUUGCUAUCUCUGAAGGAAAAACGAACCAAGUUUGGGAACAUCAGUUCAGGUGAUGUUCCAAAAAUAGUUGAAUCAAAGACUGUUCAGAGUUCUCAGAUUGGAACAUCGUCCCAAACUACAACAAUUACAACGACCACUACAACCACACGUACAGAAGUAGAAAUUUGGAACAAACUUCAAAAUUCAUAUAUUGAAAUAUCCUUUGGGAAGUUCUCUGGAAAGAAGAUGUCACUAAAAGAGUUAUUUGAAACAGAUCUCAUUGAUGAAGCCACGAAAAAGCAACUACUAGACGACUUCAGAUCUGGAAAAAUUUCAUUUGAGAAACUAAUGAUCAUAAUUACUGAAAUAAUUGAACGACAGAAGCAAAGUGAAAAGGGUAGAAACAUUUCAUUUAAGGGGCUGCGGAAGCCAGUGUCUCUAGAAGAACUGGUCAAAUCAAAACUCUUGGACAGUAAAACGGUAGACCAGUUGAUGCAAGGCCUAAAAUCAGAGGAAGAAGUUAGGCGGUCAAUACAAACCUACCUUGGCGGAUCGACGGCUAUUGCUGGAGUGUACAUUGAAGCAGCAAAGGAAAAAAUGUCCAUAUACAAUGCCUUGAAGAAAGGUUAUUUGAGGCCAGGAACCAGUUUGGUUUUGCUCGAAGCGCAGGCAGCUACAGGGUUCAUUGUUGAUCCCAUCAACAACUUGAAACUGUCAGUGGAUGAGGCAGUGGAACAGAAAGUAGUAGGAUGGGAUUACAAAGACAAACUCCUUUCAGCAGAGCGAGCUGUCACUGGGUACACAGAUCCGUACUCUAAAGAAACACUCUCACUCUUCCAGGCCAUGAAAAAGGAACUCAUCUUAAAAGACCAUGGGAUCCGGCUCCUGGAAGCUCAAAUCGCUACUGGUGGCAUCAUUGACCCGCAGGCCAGCCAUCGUCUUCCAGUGGAAGUGGCCUACAGCCGAGGACUGUUUGAUGAGGAGAUGAACCAAAUAUUGUCCGACCCCAAUGAUGACACUAAAGGUUUCUUUGAUCCAAACACUCAGGAGAACCUCACGUAUUUAGACCUCAAGAAUCGUUGCAUCACCGAACCAGAGACUGGACUGUGUUUGCUGCCAAUUAAAGACAAGAACUCAAAAACAAAGACACUCAUUGUCACCAGUGAAAACGUGCAGACUGACAGUCAAGGAAAAAAUGAAUCCAAUAAUGGUGUAGAUCUUAAGAUUGGGAGAACCAUCAGAGGUGACAUUGGAUGA